UCGCAUGAAUAAAGACCUUGUCGCCCUGUUAUACACGUCUGUCUCCGUUGUUCCCAGAAACAGUCGAAGCUUGCUGCUGUGUCUCAUAUAGCACUGUCCAAUUGUCUUCCUGUCAGUCUUCAGGACACAGCCCAUAUCUUCUUCCUAAGGCCGAGUGUCGAUCGCCGGCUGCGACCAUGUCGACCGCCGAGGACUUCCACUCUCAGGUCGCCUCCAUCAUGGAGGUGCUGGCUAACGCGGCUGUAGCAGAGAUCUGUAAAGUUGUUGAUAACGGAUACUCGGUGGUUCAUCUGGAAAUGUCCCGGAGUCAGAAGGAGAACGAGUUCCUGCGGAGGAAGAUCAAACUGCUUGAACUGCAGGUCGCCCGGUACCGAGCUGAGAGAGUGAAGGGAGCGGAGGGCUCCGUGAGCAGCCGCUUCCCCGGAGUUUGCCUCCUCAACCGGCAGAACAAGGACUCACUGGCCGGCCCCUCUGUGCAUGGCAGGACCAGGUUUCUGAACCGAGGUCCAGGGUCUCAGCAGUGUGUUCAGAAGAGCCAGCCUAUCAACCUGGACCAAGAUCCUGACCAGGAGGUUGUCACCACCACCAAAACUGAGUCAACAGAGCCUGAGGAGGAGAGGGAGCUAAUGAUCAUCAAGGUGGAGGGAGCGGUGGAGACCACCAUCACGAACCAUGAGGCAACACUAGAUGCCUGCAUCGGCACUGAGGGAGAUGCCAACACAGACACCUUCCUCCCUGCUGCCACGAAGGACGAAAUGGAGGUCAGUGGAUCUGACAUCGUCACCUUUGUUGUCGGCAGCUCAGCCGACACUGAUAGCAGCAUUGACGGGACCCACAGCCCCAAGCAGGAAGGAAGUGAUGUCAGAGCAGAGGACUGCCAGCCAGACGCUGACGUGACAGCACGCAGGGACGCUGUGCCAACUUCCUAUGAUGAUAUAACAGACGUCGGGGUUGAGGCUGCGCUACACUCCUCCAAGUCCCCCCGGUCAGAGGUGAUAGUCAUUGAUGUAGGGGGGCCGUCAGACAGGGAGGGAGAGGAGUGUGAGUGGUUACAUGUAGACCAGACAAAUGGAGAAGCAGGCAGAGACAGACAUGAACAAACUACAUUACCCAUGAUUCAGUGUACUCGUCUGGAAUCAGCAGGCCACAGGUCUACUCCUCCAGGAACAUCUGGAAUGACCCCCAGUGAUGCACCCGGCCCGGCCCUGCACCUCCCAGCACCCCCCUCCACCCACAGCCACCACGGCUUCCACCGUGCCUUCUACCAUGCCGUCACCAUGGAGCGUCGGUACGGCUGCACCAGCUGCACCAAGCGCUUCUUCCUGGAGUUGGACCUGCAGAAGCACAUGUCCCGGCACACCAGGGAAAAGCCCUACACCUGCCUGCUGUGUGGCAAGAGCUUCGUGUGCCAGAGCCAGCUGGACAUCCACCACAACGUCCACACCGGAGAGAGGCCCUUCAGCUGCUCUGUCUGCAACCGGCGCUUCUCCCACCCCAGCAACCUCAAGAGGCAUCAGAAGAUCCAGCACUGAGACCCAGGACCAGCACUCCCUCGAGUGUCCCUGAAGAGGGCUAGACAUGUUCUCUGUCCUGUGAGAAGCCUCAGAGCUUCUCAAGGCUACGUCAUCACCCAUAUACUCACGGUUCAGUUCUUAGGUCUGAGUCCAGUCUGUGAGCAGCUGUUCCACCACCAACACUGAAUGUAACAGAAUGUAAAUGCGGUGAAUGGCUGCUGCUGAAUUAAUUAGUCCAGCUUUAAUGAGACACAGUCUGUAUGAAGAUGACAUGAAAAAGAAAAGACCAUGAAAUACUGUGAAUGAGCUCGUUCCUCAGACUUUAUACUGACAGCAGCCAUCACCUCCUGUCACUCUCAAGUUUCAUUCAGACCGUCCAUGAGAUUAUGAAUGUCCAGUACAACACUUCACACACAGCACAUCAGGAAUGAAAGAGGCAUCCCAGCUUCUCUAGCUAUGUCCACACCACUAUACUUUUUUUUAUUUUAUAACAAUGUUUUCAAACUAAAACAAUCUCCGUCUAGACGAACACAUCUGAACACUGAGCAAGUGUGAGCCGGUGUAAACAGAAAGUAGAUUGUCUGCUGGUUGGUUAGUUUCACAAAACACUACGAACGAGGAACAAAGACAGUUAUCGCGUUAAAAUACAGAAUUUAACUGAACAACAUCUGCUAGUAAAAACAACAAGGUCAGUAACACAUGUAUUUCAUUAUCCAUGUUGUAUUCACCACUGGUAGUCGAGGCUGAACGUUGGUGUCUGCAUCAGUGUUUCCAGAAGUCUCUGUUUUAGAAGUUCAGAAACUCUGGAGUCGUGUGGACAGGAGGAGGAAACGUUACAGAAGAGAUGCAUUUUAAAAUGAAGACAUAGUAGUGUGGAUGAAGCCUCUGCCUGUCCACUGUUGGACGUGAUAAUCUCGUCUUCUAGAAACUGUCCUCAAUUAAAGCAGGUUUGAAGUUCAUUUCUUUAGUUUUAAACCAAAAAAUUUACUGUCAGAUUUAUUGUUGGAUUAAAAAACAAAAAACAAAAAACAAAGGUUAAUUGUGGCUUUCAGCUACGCAAAUAAAUAAUACAUUACACACUUGUGAUAAAUGCAAAGCAACAAACAGAUCUUUAUUUUUCUGUCUGUGUACACUUUAUAGAGGCUUUUAUUUUGAAAUAUUUACCUUUACGCUUGUGUCACCUGUCUACUGUUCUCCAUUCUACAAUUCAACAAGGAAAAAUGAAAAAAAAAGGAAUUUACAAACACCAAAAUUUAACCACUUCUUCUGAUUUUAUGUUCUUGUUUUGUGUUUUUUAAUCUGACAA